ACCAAAACAGAGGAGGUAAUAGGAAAUCUCAGUUGUAGUUUGUUCUUCUCAAUCCCAAUUCAAACGAGUUUCUGUCAAAUUGAUGUUAGCGGAGAUUGAAGAGAACUUCUUGUUGGUGACGCCGGGAGCAGAUGCUAUAACUAUCGACAUGGCGGAGAAUUGUAGCAGUUGCAGAGAGGAGGUGGAGAUCACCCUCAAAAUCAUAGGGCCUGCCCGUCCCUCUCGUCUACGAGUUCCUUCUCCUAUCAAAGUGCUUGAUUUGAGAAACUUGAUUUCCAAGAAUUGCCAAUUGCCAAUUGAUCAUUUGAAGCUUAUCUUGCGAGGGGAGAUACUCUAUGACAGCAAAAAUGGGGAUGAUGUGUCCCUCCGGCUCAGUGAUGGAGAUUCCCUGAUAGUAGCUGUUAAACCAAAGCCUCCUGCUAAAAAUGUUCAAAACGGCUUUGAUGACGAUGAUGAAGAUGAUGAUCUGAAGUUUCAGAUUCCAGAAUCAGCAAGUUGGUGGAAAAAGAGGCUUUUCUCUUUCCUUCAUGACAAGUUGAAGUUGCCUUACGUCCUGUUGGUGGCGAUUUUUUCCAUCAGUCUAAAGGCAUGGGCUGUUAUCAUUUUAUGGUUUGCACUGGCCCCUGUUGCACACAGAUGGGAUCUUGGACCUUUAUAUAUACUUGGGACUGGGUUUUGUAUUAUUCUCUUUAAUCUUGGGCAGCGGCAACAUGGUGACCUCAGUGCAUAUUCAAUCUUCAAUGAAGAUUUCAGAGAGCUUCCUGGUACACUGAAUGCAGAUCGUAUUGACAGAGACGUACGGGCAGGUCAGUUUUGAACCUCUUGGAAGCUUUACACAGUUAGGAGCUCUAUGAACUGCAUCGGCGUGAGGGAGAUAAUGACUUCUGAAGAGUUUUCACUGAUGUGUUGUAGUUCUCCAAAAUGAUUCCCAUCUCCCCCCCCCCCCCCCACAUCUUUUGCAUUUUGUUUGUUUUCUUGUUUUGUAAAUACACAUUCUCAAUAUGAAGCACACUAACACUGUAUGCAUUUGUAUUUAAGGUAGAAGGGUACAAAAAGGCAUGUCA